AUGUCCAGACCCCAAGAUAGAUGGGUGUGGUAGUGCUGCGUCUGGCAGAGACCAGUGCGGUUCUGUCAAGUGGCUCCGGUUUGAAGACGAACUCGAGUCAGGAGGCAAGUGACGCGAUGAUCUUGCCCAUCGAGCAAUGCAGGGGGUGAGGAUGAUGCCGAGUCCUCCAGCCUCACCGAUGGGGCGAGGAGGCAAGCACAGACACAGAAGGCUGGGCGCAAGGCGACCCGAUGGCGGAACAGAGUCUUCCAGCUUUUGAGAACUGCCUCGUUUUCCUUCUCUCCGAUGAAUUAUACCACUGAUCUGGGAGGACCGAUAUGGGGACCAUCGGGACCGCCCUGGUCGCUGUCGCACUGUUCAUCGCCCAAGGGGCUGCAACCACUGCCACGGCCACUGCGACCGGCAACGCAACCACAACCUACCUCUCUAUCUUCGACAGCGAUGCCUCGCCGUCCGGGGGAUCCUGGCUGGAGUACCUCGGAGGCAGCGUCGUGAGCGUGGACUGGGAGCACAACGCCACGACGCUGGCUCUGAACUGCCUGACGAGCGCGCUGGCCAACUGCUCGCUGGCCUCGCCGGCGACCAUCACCAACGGACCGUCGACAUUCGCCAGCACCCUGACCUACACCAGCACCAUCACCCCGGACCGCAGCGACGCCUCCGUCGACGGCUACAUCCUGGCCACCGAGUAUGUCUACUGCAACAUCACCUCGUCGACCGAGAGCGCCCUGUGCUACAUCACGGAGACCGCGUGGGCGUCGAUCGACUCGACCACCACCACCAUCACCACCAGUGUCACCAGCCACCUGGACUCCUCCUACAUCACGUAUGUCCCAGUCCCCGUCACCGGGGGGGUCGAGAAGCUGAUCGCGACCCCGAAUGCAACGGCGACCUCGUCCUCACCUGGGAUAACUGCCACCAACACUCCCUCCAUAUGGAUCUCCCAUUCGUCCAAGGGAUGGAUCGGUAUUGUCGUCGGGUGCGUGGUGGGCGUUGCUUUGAUUGCCGGGGGGCUAUAUUGGCUUGCCCGACGCAGGAAUCGCAGGGCCACGGGCACCGCCUCCGACGACGGGGACAACGCUGCGGGCGCGUUGAGCACCAAAGCAGAGCUGCCCAACACCGGUAUGUCCAAGACAGAACUCGCAGCAGGCAGCACGAAGGCGGAGCUGCCGGACAGUGUCGCGAAGACGGAGCUGGCGGCGGACGCGACCCGGGCGGAGUUGGCUUCUCACGAGGCCGCGGCCGAGUUGCCGGGGGGGAAUCGGCUCGGGGGAGGGAGGAAGUGUACGAGCUGCCGUGAGACAUGGCGAUCAUGGCGAUCAAAUGAUGCGAUGGCAUGUGCGAUGAAUGAAUGAUGGAUGAGACCCAGUGGGAUGGCUGGCGGAAGAGUAAGACGGA